CCCGCCGUCAGCUGUCGCCGACAUGGAAUCCGUGGCCAGCAAUAUCCAGGUCCUGCUGCAGGCGGCGGAGUUCCUAGAGCGCCGUGAGAGAGAAGCCGAGCAUGGCUACGCGUCCCUGUGCCCGCAUCUCAGUCCAGGCCCAGUCUACAGGAGGAGGAAGCGAUCCCCCCAAGCUUCUGGCGCGCUGGACAGUGGGCGGUCUGUGCACAACGAGCUGGAGAAACGCAGGUGAGUCCCAGCUUUGCCCUGACAGCACUGGGCCCCAGGAACCAUCUGCCUCUGGCCUUCCCUCCCCUGCUGUCUGGCCAGCAAGGCUAGGCUGGCACUGCCCUCCAGACCCCUUCCCCCGCAGGAGGGCCCAGCUGAAGCGGUGCCUGGAGCAGCUAAAACAGCAGAUGCCCCUGGGGGCUGACUGUGCCCGCUACACCACCCUGAGCCUUCUGCGCUGGGCCAGGAUGCACAUCCAGAAGCUGGAGGAACAGGAGCAGCAGGCGAGGCGGCUCAAGGAGAAGCUGCGCAGCAAGCAGCAAAGCCUGCGGCGGCAGCUGGAGCAGCUCCGGGCACCAGCAGGGCUGGGAGAGAGGGAGCGGCCACGGGCAGACAGCCUGGACUCCUCGGGCCUCUCCUCUGAACGCUCAGACUCAGACCAAGAGGAGGUGGAGGUGGACGUGGAGAGCCUGGUGUUCGGGGCCGAGGCUGAGCUGCUACGGAGCUUCAGCGCGGGCCAGGAGCACAGCUAUUCACAUGGCAGUGGCACCUGGCUAUGACCUUCACCGCCCCAGAGCAGGCCUCCACCCACAGACUGCCCUUGGCUCUGAGGGAGGAGCCCACCACCCCCCAAGCCUCAAGGGCUGCUUGGAAUGGACUAAAAGGACCCUUACGUGGGAACAGGUGCCUGCCCCCCACCUUGCCGCUGGCUGCUGGCAGUCCCUCCUUGGGGAGGGGUGCCUGGGUUUCCCCUGAGCCCUGCAGGGGAGGCAGCUUGGGCCUAGGCCACCCUUCCAGGCCUUUUUUUGUAGCACUUGGCUCUGCUGUCCCCACGGAGGGGCAGGAAGCCUCUUGGGCCCUCACAUUCCUUCCUAGAGAAGGCCCCCUGACCUUUAUCCCAGAUACUGUACAGUAUUUUCAUUAAAAGCCUCUUUACUAAC